AUGUAUCCUACUCAUAUUCUUCGCGCAUUCUUCUUCUUGUCCGGAAUCUUUGCGGUUACCAACGCAGUCAAGGUUCGCUCGAUUAUACCGACGCCGAGUGAUGACACACCCGCGCCUACUCCUGCCGCAUCCAUUCAAUGCAACGGAGGUUCACUUUUGUGCUGCAACAAUGUUGAACCUGCGCGGGAUGCAGGUUUCCUUCUUAGCUUACUUGGAAUCGUUCUGCAAGACCUGGAUGUUCUUGUCGGAGUGACAUGCUCCGCGCUCACCAGCGAUUCUGCCGAAUCCGGUUCAUGCAACUUUUCGCCCGUAUGCUGCGAAAAUAAUAGCUUUGGAGGGCUUAUUGCGAUCGGCUGUGAACCCGUGAAUAUUAAUCUCUGA